AUGCCAACAUGUCGGUAUGAUGGAAGAGGGGACCCAAGUCGAUAUAUAACCUCCUAUGAGGGGCACAUGAUCCUGUAUACCAACUCAGACGUUGUAUGGUGCAAAGUCUUUCCAACCACUUUGACUGGGGCAGCAGCGAAUUGGUUUAACAACCUAGGUAAUGGAACCAUAGACAGCUUUGAGAAGCUGACAGAGAUGUUUGUUGGGCAGUAUAUCAGCAACAAUGUAAGGCAAAGAACUUCGGGGGAAUUGAUGGCAGUAGAGCAGCGACCAGAUGAUCCUUUGAGAGAUUACAUCAGGCGGCUUAACAAUGAGGCGAACACAAUUCCGAAAUUGCAACAAGAAAUCGUUGUAAUGGCUCUAAUGAAUGGCUUGAAUGAUUCUGAGUUCAAGCGUUAUCUCACAAGAAAGAUUUUUCCCACGUUAGCAGUCGCUUUCAACAAAGCGCAUGAUUACAUCAAAAGUGAAGAGUUGAUGAAGACAAGUAACAAAAAUGUGUCAGCUCGAAAGGGGCAGUAUCAAGCUGAAGGUGCAGCCUCCGGAAGUGUAAGGCCGAGAGCUCCGGCCUCGGGAAGGGGAGGAAAUCGGCAGGAAACUAGGGCAGCCAGACCGCCAAUGCGAUAUAGUUCGUAUACACCCCUUAAUACACUAAGGGCGUCAAUCUAUUCAGUGAAUCAGAAUAGGGAAGGAUGGGUAAGACCGAUUCCAAUGAAAGCAAAGCCGAGGGAUUCCAAGAAAUACUGCAUGUUUCACAGGGACAUGGGUCAUUAUACUGAAGAGUGUACACAGUUGAAGGAUAAUAUAGAAGAGCUGAUAAGAAAGGGUCAUUUAACUCAAUAUCGGUUAAAUGCAGGAAUAGGAGUUGAUGUGAUAACCGGAGGGUCGGUGCAUGGAGGAACAGUUAGUGGAGCAAAGAAACACUUGUCAGAGCACUGCCAUAUAAUCAAUGCCUUGGAUACCGAUAGUCGCCCUAGGCCAACUUCAAUUCCAGAUGUUAUAUUCACUGAAGAGGAUACAAGGGGAAUAGUCUUCCCACAUGAUGACUCGCUAGUGUCGAUAACCAAGAUCAAUGGAGAUGACAUCAAAAGAGUUCUAGUAGAUGGAGGAAGUUCGGCAAAUGUUCUAUUUAUGAAGGCCUUUAAUGAGAUGAUGAUAGGAAGGCAAUACCUGACACAGGUAUCAUAUCCAGUUAUUGGGUUUAAUAGGUCAUCAGUGAGACCGGAAGGGAGCAUAGGCUUGCCGGUACGGCUGGGUGAUGAACCAAAUGCGAGAGAUGUGAUGGCAGAGUUUUUAGUAGUCAAUGUUCCAUCGGCUUAUAACGCGAUUAUUGGAAGGCCGAUAAUUCAUGAUAUCCAAGCUGUUGUGUCGACGUAUCAUUUGACGAUAGCUUAUGUGUCAGGGGGCUAUGGAGAAGGUUCAUGGAGGGCAAGUUAUGGCGAAAUCUUUUUAUGUAACGGCUUUGAAGAAUCCAGUUGGGGAUGGUUUAGUGUCGAGUAA